AUGGAGAAUACAGAGAAUAAAAUAUUAGAUAAAAGGAAAGAAUAUGAAAAAGAAAUAUAUAAUAAAGAAAUAGACCAAUGUGAUGACAAUAAUAUAAAUAGGGAAAUAAAUUAUUUAGUUUAUAGAUGGUUAAAUAGUCAAAAUGGUAUCGAUAAGAAUUUAGUAACAUCAUUAUUUCAAGAUUUUAAUAAAAAUGACCUUUUACCAAAAAAAGUGAAUUGGUUAGGCCAACAAGAAAAUUUUACAUCAAAUGAAUUAAAUGAAAAAUAUAAACAUAUACAAUCUGAUCAUAUAAAAUCAAUUUUCUCAAGUUAUAGGGAUUUAGCGAUACAACACGGUCAUUUUUCAAAAUUACCUUUUCAAAUUAAUACACUUUUAGGUGAUAAUGCUUAUUCGAUGAUACCAAAAGGUUUUAAUGAUAAAAAAGAUAAUGAUAAUAAUGGUGAUAAUAAUUUAUUAAAUAAAGAAAAGAUACCAGAUAAUAAUAAUAAUAAUAAUAGUAGUAGUAGUAGUAGUAGUAAUAGUAAUACCAAUAAAAAGAAAAUAAAAGUUUCUUAUUUAUAUAAUAGACCUCAAGUAGUCACUCCAACUGCUCUACAACCUGAAAAUACUACUAACACCACUACUACCACCACUGCCACUACCACUACCACUACCACUACUACAACCACCAAUAACACAAAUGUACAAACAACACCAACAAAUACAACAAAUACAACAUUAACAACGCCACCACCACAAAUACCGAUAUUACCAACAACUGUACCAGAUAUAGAUAUUCAACAGCAGCAACAACAACAGCAACAACAGCAACAACAAACAAUUUCAAAAUCAAAGAAUGAGGAUAUAAAUAAUAAUAAUAAUAUAUUAUCAAUUCAAAGAAAUAGAUAUAAAUCAUUUACAAUGAUGAGAUUCACCGAGAAUCCAUUCGAUUUUAGUAUACCAAUACCAGUUAAACUUUCUGGUCAAGAAGUUAUAAGUAAAUCUUUGAAAUCAACAAGUCAAUUACCAAUUUCAUUUUAUUCAAAUUUUAAAAAUAGUUUAAUAGUAUAUGGUCAUAAAGCACCAACAUAUUGUUUACAAUUUGACAAAUCUGGUAGAUUAUAUUUUACAGGAUCAGAUGACCAUUUAGUUAAAGUUUGGUCAACAUAUAGUGGUAGAUUAAUUGCAACUUUAAGAGGUCAUUUAGGUGAUAUUACAGAUAUGUGUACAAGUUUUGAUAAUAGUUUACUUGCAACUGCUUCAAAUGAUAAUGUCAUUAGAAUUUGGAAUUUAAAUUCAAAUCAAUAUGAUUCAAUAGCAUCAUUGACUGGUCAUGAUCCAUCUGUUAAUAAUACGAUCACUUCAAUCUCUUUUUUAUCAAAUCCAACCACUAGAUUAUUAGUAUCGAGUGAUUCAUUUGGUCAAUGUAAACUUUGGAAUUUAGAUAAAUCAAAUCAUGUAAUUUCUUUAUCAUUAAAUGAUAAUGGUAGUCAAAGUACAAUCAAUACAGGUAAUAUUAAUGAUGAACAAAUAGAUACAGAGAUGAUUACAGAUGCUGAAGUACCAAUAUUGACUGCAACUACGAUAACAACGGCAAUAACAACAACAGCAACAACAGCAACAGCAACAAUAGCAACAACAACAACAACAACAACACCAGGUAAAACUAAUGAAAUUACAGGUACAACAAUGAAUAAAGGUGGUACAUUAAUUGUAGCUAGUGUUGAUAGUUCAUUAAAGAUUUGGUCAACAUUAUUUAAUCCACCAAAAUUGGUAAAUACAUUAGAGGGUCAUCCAACUACAAUUUUAGCAUUACAAUAUAGUCAUGGUAGUGAUGCAAUUGUGUCGGGUAGUUAUGAUGGUACCGUUAUCAUUUGGAGACAUAGUGGUGGACCAAAAUGGGAUCAUGUAAUUUUUAAUAUUAAAAAUACUCAACGUCCAAAUCAAGCAAAUAGUCAUCCUAAAAAAGUGGCAAGAUCAAAAGCAACCUUUAAAAAUGUGAUUUGGUCACAUGACGAUCGUUUUAUCAUCACCACCGAUUACAAUAUGAUUAGGGUUUGGAAUUCAUUGGAUGGUAGUUUUCAUUUGGAAAUGGCUGAACAUACAUCAGAGGUCUAUGUAACUAGUUGUCAUCCGUUCGAUUCAAGAUUGAUAAUGAGUUCAGGUUAUGACUCUCAAGUGAUUCUAUGGUCAAUUGAAACUGGUGAGAUUAUAAAGAAAUUCGUUUUACAAGAACCAGGUUUUCAAUGUCAGAUUUUAGAUGGUUGUUUCUCACCCGAUGGUCAAAAAUUCAUUGUGACAAAUUCGACUGGAAAAUGGUUUAUGUUUGAGUUGGGUUUAGGUUCCGAUAUUAAUAAUCUAAAGAAAUUAGUACCAAACGAACAAUACUUUUUAACAGAUUAUCAUCCAUUAAUUCGUGAUGCCAAUGGAAAUGUUUUGGAUGAACUCACUCAAACACCACCCCAUCUCAUGCCAAGAGCAAUGUUGGUCAAUUAUCAAGGUUUACCUUAUCCAGAUCAUUAUAAUUUCACUGAUCAAGAUGCUAUCUAUCAUUUAGAACCUUACAAAAAUACUUCAAACUAUAAGAGAGAUUUAAAAAUUCAAAAGGAAUUUGAAAGACGUGAAGUUUAUACUUUUAACCAAGGUAAUCCUUCCAAUAUCCCAUCUCAUCCAAUUGUUAUUUUCGUUGCAUCUGAACCAAAACCUCAACCUAAAAAAAUACCAAAAAAACCACGUAGACCAUGGGAUCAAAUUGAAGAGGAAAUCAUUGAUGAUGAAAUCAUUUUUCCAAGUGAUCCAUCUGAUGAAGAUUUUAAUCCAUCUGAUGCUUCAGAAAAUUCAUCAGAAGAUGAACAACAACAACAGCAUCAACAACAACAACAGGAUGAUGAUGAUGAUGAUGACGAUGACGAAGACUAUGAUAGUGAUGGUAAGAAAAUGUCAACAAGAAAGAAAUCUAAAAUUAAAGCCGAUAAAAGAAAGAAACGUCUAUUAAAGCAAUCUAAAAAAUUCACUAGAAGGAAUACAAGUCCUUCUAAAUUUAAUGAAAUUAUGAAUACUUUUGAUUUACCAGAGGAUGAUGAUAAUAAUAGUAAUAAUAAUAAUAGAAAAGCUGUCUCCAAUAAACGUUUAUCCAAUAAACAAAAGAAACGUUACAAUUUAAUAAACGAUGGUGAAAUUGAAAUGGAUGAUGAUGAUCAAUAUUUAAAUGAUAAUAUUUUAGAUAGUGAUGAUAAUGAUUAUGAACAUAGAAAUAGAUAUGAUAAUGAUGAAUUUAGUGGUAGCGAAAGUUAUAAUGGUAGUGAUGGUGGUGGUGGUGGUGGUGAUGAUGAUAGCGACAAUAGUAGUGAUAAUAGUAGCGAAAAUGAUAGUAGCGCUAAUGGUAGUGAUUCAGAUUAUUCUGGAUCAAAAUCAAACAAAAAUAAGCGUGGUGAUAAAAGUAAAAGAAAUAAAAAAGGUAAAAAAAAUGUUAAAAAUAAGAAAGUUCAAAAAAGAGGUAGAAAGAAAUCAUCAACAUCCUCCUCCUCCUCCACCUCUCACAACCAAAAUCAUCUUACAGCAAGUGCAUUAAAGAAAUUAAAUGAUAUUAGAAAAAAGAAAGAAAUUUUACCAGUUUGUCCAAAAUGGUUAUCUAUUACUUCCACAACAUCCGAAACAUUCUAUUCACCACAAGUUGGUGAUUUCAUUUUCUAUUUCUAUCAAGGUCAUACCAAAUAUUUAGAGAAAUUCCCACCAAAUGGAAUUGAAUCAAAUUUAGAUAAUAAAUCAAUAGUUAAUUAUAUUUUAAAUAAUAAUAAUAUUAAUAAUAAUAAUAAUAAUAAUAAUAAUAAUAAUAAUAAUAAUAAUAAUAAUAAUAAUAAUAAUAAUAAUGGUGUUGAUGAUCAACAAAUUAAUAGUGAUGAUGAUGAUAGUCAAAAAAUUAUUAAAAAGAGUUAUCAAGAAUGUAUUAUUAAGAAUUUAAAUUAUUUUAUAUCACCAGAUGGUACUCAUAAAGUUGUAAUUACAUUAUUACCUGUGUUUGAUCAACAAGUACCACCACAAAAUCAAAAUGAUGAAUCAAACUUUUAUACGGUUAUUUAUCAUGUCUCUGAUAUUCCAGAUUAUUUAGUAUUGGCAUCAAAGGUUAGAAAAUCUAUGCUUACAGAUUGGACCGUUCCAAAUAAACGUUUUAGAAUGUUUUAUCCUGCAAGUGGUUGGUAUAAUGGUACAAUCAUUGAAAUCUCUGAUUCUGAUCCUCUCUUUCCAAAUAGUCCUUGGGAGAAUAUUAAAGUACUUUGGGAUGAUACUGAAGAAGAAGACAGAGUUAAUUAUUGGGAAAUUGAUGAAAAAUUUGACGAUGAUCAAAAUCCUCAAAAAAUUAAAGAAAUCAAAGAUGAAAAUGAAAAUGAAAAAGUUAUUGAAAAUAAUCAACAACAACAACAACAACAACCACAACAACAACCACAACAACAACCAAUACAAAAUAACCAACAAUUAUCAAUUAACAAUACCAAUGUAAAUAAUAAUAAUAAUAAUAAUAAUAAUAAUAAUAAUAAUAAUAAUAAUAAUAAUAAUAAUAAUAAUAAUAAUAAUAAUAAUAACAAUAGUUUAAAUGGUGGCUUAGUUGAUUAUAGCGGUAAUAAUAAUAAUAAUAAUAAUAAUAAUUUCAACUAUAAUAGUAAUAAUAAUUUAUCAAUGAGUGGAAUUUUAGAUUAUACAAAUUUUAAUAAUAAUAAUAAUAAUUUUAUGAAUUAUAAUAUGUAUCAAGGAAAUUAUAAUGGUAUGAUGAUGAACAACAAUACUUCAAAUUAUUCAUAUCUUGACCCAAACAAUUCAAAUAUGUAUAUGCAAACCUAUCCUCAAAAUUCUACCAUGCAAAAUCAACAACAACCUCAAUUAAACAAUAUCUAUUAUAAUUCACAGUUACAACCUACAAAUUACAAUUAUACCAAUAAUUUCAAUACAAACUAUAGUAAUUUUAAUAAUAGCUCUUCAAAUAUUAUGAAUUAUAAUACCAAUAACAAUUUUAAUUCACCCCCAACUGCAACUACUUCAAAUACUACUACCACUACCACUACCACAACAGAAACAUCUAAUAAUAAUAAUAACAACAACAACAACAACAAUAAUAAUAAUAAUAAUAAUAAUUUUAAAGAUAAUAUAUUAAGAAUUAAAAUCCAAUAUGUUGAAAGUAUUGAAGAUGAAAAGAUUGAAAAUUUAAAGAAAGAGAUGAAAGAAUUUUUAGAGAAUGACGAAAUCACCGAUAUUUAUAGUGAACCUGUAGAUUUGAAAUUAUAUCCAUUGUAUAUUAGAUUUGUUCCACAUCCAAUGGAUAUUAGUACAAUUAUAAAAAGAUUAGAGUCAAGUUAUUAUAGAAGUUUGGAUGCAAUCUAUUUCGAUGCAAAGUUAAUUAUGAUUGAUGCUUACGUUUAUAAUAAACCAAAUACAAUGGUUGCAAAGAACUCAAAAUUGGUUUUUCAUAGGAUCUCUGAUAUAUUAAAAGAAGCUGCAAAUUAUACUCCAUCUGAUAUAUUAUUACAAAGUGGUGGUAGUUUCGAUUCUUUCACUUUGAAAUCGAUGGCUGCCGAUAAAGAUGAUAGUCAAUUGGAUGAUGAGGAUGAUAGUAUGGUUAGUGGUGUAACAAAUGAUGAUGAUGAUGAUGAUGAUAAUCUUGCAAAUAAUAAUCAUGGUAAUAAUAAAAGUCGUAAUGGUGAUGGUUUAGAAGGUGAUAUUAGUAUAUCAGAUUCUGAACAUGAUAAUUCAAAAACUGGUAAAAAUAUCACAAGAUCAUUAUUAAGUCCUUCAGAGGAUGAAGGUGGCAUCAAUGUAAAUAGAACUCCAUCGAAAAGAGGAAGAAAGAAGGCUAACGCUACCACCACCACCACUACAACUACCACUACAACUUCAUCUACACCGUCAAAGAGAUUAAUUACAGGUAGACUCACCAGAUCUCGUUCAAAUCAGUCAAAUGAAGAAAGUGAUGAUGAUGGUUUCAUUGAUGAUAAUAAUUCAUCUCAUCAAAAUGGCGGAAAGAUUUUAGAUGAUUCAGAUAAUGACGAUAAAAACCAAAAUGGUACUGAUAAUGAUUAUAAUGAUGAUGAUGACGAUGACGAUAAUGAUGGAGAUUCAACCAAUAAAAAGAGAAAAUCAAUUAAAAAUCAAACUGAACCAAUAACAAAGAGACAAAGAACGAAUAGGUUAAUAUUUGAAGAUGAAGAUGAAGAUGAUAAUAAUCAAGAAGAGGACGAAGAAGAUUAUCAAGAAAAACCAAAACCAAAACCAAGAUCAAAACAAACAACACCAAAAGUAACAACACCAAGAAAGAGAGGAAGAAAAAAGAUUGAUCAAAGUGAAGAAGAAGAAGACGAAGAUCAAUCAGAUGUAAAUAGUAAUAAUAAUAGCGAUAAUGAAAGCGGUGGUGAGGAUGGAUAUAGUGGUGAGGAUGGAAGUGAGUCUGAAUCAAAUAAUGGUGGUGAUAUUGAUGAUGAAGAAUUUUUAAAUCUAUUAGAAAAACCAAAAUCAAAACCAAAAGGAAGAGGUAGACCAAGCUUUAAAAACAAUAAUAAUAAUAACAAUAUUAAUAAUAAUGUUAAUUUAACGCCAUCUAAAAGAGGUAGAGGAAGACCUCCAAAAUCUAAUUAA